AUGCUGAUUCUGACUUUGAUUUGCUUCUUCAGUUCACGUCAUUCUGAGCCUCUGCCGAUUCUUCUCAGGGAAAUGAGGGACACGGGCAUUAGUCCCUCAAUCGCGAAAAAAACGUCAACGCAGAUAGAAGGCAGUCAUCACAUUUAUCAAUUGCAAAAACCAAACAAAGAAAGUCGAAAUUUAGACUUUGUUUUACGAAAUGGCCUAGCCGGAGGCGUCGCGGGCUGCGCUGCCAAAACUAUUGUCGCCCCAUUGGAAAGGAUCAGGAUCCUUUUUCAAACUUCCCAUUCUCAUUUUGUGCAGUAUUCAACCCACUGGAAUGGGUUAAUCAAGGCUGCCAGGGCAAUUCGAACGUCAUAUGGUAUAUCUGGGCUUUUCAAAGGCCAUUCAGCAAGCUUAGUCCGUGUCUUCCCGUAUGCCGGUAUCAACUUUCUCGCAUAUGAACAAUUCCGAGCGGCAAUGAUCACAUCUCCCGAGAAAGAAGCACCAUGGCGUCGAUUUUUGUGCGGAAGUAUGGCCGGUGCAACCUCUACUUUGGUCACAUAUCCUCUUGAGUUGAUCCGUACACGCCUUGCCUUUGAAACAGUACAAAAGAAUCCCUCCUCCUGGCUGGGUAUUUCUCGGAAAAUUUACUUCGAAGGAGGAGGUAGCGGGAGCUUGUCAAAUCUCUAUCGUGGAAUCGCCCCGACCAUGUUAGGUAUACUUCCGUAUGCUGGCACGUCAUUCCUCACCCACGAUUUACUUAGAGAUUGGCUUCGCUCGCCUAUCCUUGCGCCCUAUACUCUAGAAGCGCAAUCUUCCACUCGACUGACAGCAGUUGCGCAGCUUUCCUGUGGAGCAGUCGCUGGCAUAGUCGCUCAAACAAUUUCUUACCCGAUUGAUAUCAUUCGACGGCGAAUGCAAGUCGGAAGUGUGGUUGGUGCCCGAUCAGGCAUUUUGGAGACAGCCCAACGUAUCUUUUUGGAGAGGGGAGUGAGAGGUUUUUAUGUUGGGCUGACCAUUGGCUAUGUGAAAAUGGCUCCUAUGGUGGCAACAAGUUUCUAUGUGUAUGAUCGGAUGAAGCGGUAUUUGGGCCUCAUUGAGUAG